AUGAAUGUUCUUAAACUCCAGAAGAAAUUCCCCCAGUUCCAGCAGAACGAGAUCUUCUCGCUGUCAGACGCCUUCCAGCGGCUUGAUGUAGACGACCGAGGAUACCUGGACGAGGCAACAGCAAUCAAGGCUACACAGCAAAGCGAGAAUCUACCAUAUGAUGUCGUGCGACAGGCACUCAAGGAAGUUGACCUGGAUUCUUCAAGACGCGUUGAGCUUGAAGACUACGUUGGGCUCGUAGCAAAGCUCCGAGACUCAUCUCCUGCCCAAAAGCGCAUGUCUGCUGGGCCAGCAGCUCCUUCAGGUGGUGUUGUAACCCAGCGAACCGGUGGGCAUGCCACGAAGGGUAGCGUCAGCGGCAAGAUUCAAGUGCAGGGCUCCAGCGCAAAUAUUACGCACACGAUCAACGAAGAUGAACGUACAGAAUUCACUCGGCAUAUUAACGCCGUCCUGGCGGGUGAUGUGGAUAUCGGAAAUCGCCUCCCAUUCCCUACUGAUACAUUCGAAAUGUUUGACGACUGUAAGGACGGCUUGGUCCUCGCGAAACUCAUCAAUGACAGCGUCCCGGAUACAAUCGAUGAGCGUGUUUUGAAUAUGCCUGGAAAGAAGACCAAGAACCUCAACGCGUUUCAAAUGAGUGAGAACAACAACAUCGUCAUCGAGUCCUGCAAGGGCAUUGGCUGUUCCGUCGUCAACAUCGGCGCAGGUGACAUAAUAGAAGUGCGCGAGCAUCUGAUUUUGGGCCUCAUCUGGCAAAUUAUUCGUCGCGGCCUUCUUGGAAAAAUUGAUAUCAAGCUGCAUCCUGAGCUUUACCGGCUGCUGGAAGAAGACGAAACCCUGGAGCAAUUUCUCCGGCUCCCACCUGAACAAAUCCUCCUCCGAUGGUUCAACUACCAUCUCAAGGCAGCCAACUGGUCACCAAGGGUCUCCAACUUCUCCACCGACGUCAAAGAUGGUGAGAACUACGCUGUCCUGCUCGCCCAAAUCGGAGGCGAAUACGGCUGCACCAGAGCGCCACUCCAGACAAAAGAUCUUCUACAGAGGGCCGAAGAGGUUCUUCAGGAGGCCGAAAAGCUCCAAUGCCGAAAGUUCCUUACCCCUACAUCGCUGGUUGCUGGUAAUCCGAAGCUGAACCUUGCAUUCGUUGCCAACCUGUUCAACAAUCACCCAGCUCUGGAUCCUAUCACGGAGGAAGAGAAGCUCGAAGUCGAAGACUUCGAUGCUGAGGGAGAGAGAGAAGCAAGGGUAUUCACGCUGUGGCUUAACAGCUUGGAUGUUCAGCCACCUGUGGUGUCGUUCUUUGACGACCUGCGAGACGGCAGCAUCCUCCUGCAAGCAUAUGACAAGGUCAUUCAAGGUUCUGUCAAUUGGCGCCAUGUCAACAAACCCCCAGCUCACGGUGGUGAAAUGAUUCGAUUCAAGGCCGUGGAGAACACCAACUAUGUUAUCGAGCUCGGCAAGCAAAAUGGGUUUUCGCUGGUUGGCAUUCAGGGUGCUGACAUUACUGACGGCCAAAGGACUUUGACUCUUGGCUUGGUUUGGCAGCUCAUGAGGAAGAACAUUACGGUGACUCUUGCCUCUCUUGCGCAGAAACUUGGCAAGCGAGAAAUUACUGAUGCUGAGAUGGUUCGCUGGGCAAAUGACAUGUCCAAGAGAGGUGGACGUAACUCUGCCAUAAGAUCAUUCAAGGAUCCCGCCAUCGCCACCGGCGUUUUCUUACUUGAUGUUCUGAACGGUAUCAAGAGCAGUUACGUUGAUUACGACCUGGUAACUGCUGGACAGACGGAUGAAGAUGCAUAUUUGAACGCGAAACUCAGCAUCAGCAUUGCCCGAAAGCUAGGUGCUACUAUUUGGUUGGUACCGGAAGAUAUCUGCCAAGUCAGAAGUCGUCUGGUGACAACUUUCAUUGGCUCCCUCAUGGCUACGCACGAGAAGAUGUGA